GCGAAAAUACACACAUAUUUUCCCCUAGUAUAGGACUGUUGGACACGCACGGAAGUACUCCAUAUUUCGGAAUUUUGAACUUGAAACAAGUCCACGACAAAAUCGGCGGUUGACCGUUGGGUUCUGAUGGAUAGAUUGGCGUUGUACCUUCAUAGCCUACAGAAUCACACAUUUGGACUUCCGACGGAUGAAAUAAUGAAUGUGUUUGCAUCGCGAAGCCGAUAUUAGUGUGCCUUUUCUCAACCGUUCCUAUCACUGACAAGAAAUAUGGUUAAAGCUUCAAUACGGGGUGCUUCAUCUCAAUUGAAAAUGGCAACCCCAGCCCUUCAUUCUAUUAUUCUUACACAAAAUGCUGAAACUCCUUUAAUUCAAGAUUACUUUCGGACCAAGAAAUUGCAGGGACCUCGAGCAGUGCCUAAGUCAAUACUAAGUGCAGAUGUUGUGGCAAAUUUGAGAGAAAAGUUACGAAACUGUACUGAUAUGAGCACUUGCGUAAGUUGCAUAGUCAUGUGCCUUGAAGAAUUCUCUACAAACCACCAAGUUCAAGAUCCCUGGCAUCAAUUUUCUAAAGAAUUAGCUCAACUUGUUUCCGAAUGCCUUGCCUAUUUCAUAGAAGUCAAGCGACGUGACCAUAAACAAAACACAUCAAACUUUGAUGACUUAUCAAGAAAUUUUACAAAGCUUUGCUAUGUCAUAUAUUAUUUUGCAGACAAAAGUGCAGAUUUGAGCACAGAAUUAUUCAACAGGUGCAGUAAAGGUCUAAUGGCUGUCCUAAUUUCUAAAAAUUUGGAUAGUGAAAUGAGAGCUGUUCUUCUACAAGCCUUAAGUUUUUUGUGUAAAUAUGCAAAGGCACAUGAGAUCGUGAAAACAUUUUCAAAUCUACAAGUUUAUUUGGUUUGUUUAGGAAAAAUAGUGGAUAUCUUAGCUGUUGAGACUCAAAUGGAUGCCUACAAAAUAUUUCACACAUCCUUAUUAAAUAAAGAUGAUGCAAUCAUUAAGGCUUCAACUUGGUUCAGCAAAUGGCCAUCUGUUCGUGAUACAUUCAUUGAAAGCUACUCCUUAGAGUUUUCAAAGGGUUGUGGAAUGUUUCUUAAUUCACUUCAUAAAUUGAAAAAAGCUUCUGAUAUGAAACAGACUCCAAUUAGUUCCUGUUCGUUGACUCUCUCUACAGGAUAUACACACAACAACACCAAACCAAGGCAUUCUGCUGGUUUGGUUGAGUCCAAUACAACUAUCUCUGCCAAGAAACUGGAAACUGCAACUGCUAUUAAUAACAUUAAGAAGCCACAUAAGGUAUCUUUUCCUACCUCAAAUGUAGCAAAGAUGCAAAGUACGACACCAGCUACAUCCCUCAAUGAAUCACAGAAAAGUUCCAAAGGAAAACCAUUCCAGCAAACAUCCUAUUACCUUAACAGUUGCAAUAGUCCGUCUUUGCGUGUGGAUCCAAGCAAACCAGUCAGAGGCAAACAAACUGAACAAUUCCAGAAAAGUGGUCGACUGAUUUUUUCAGAAACCACAAAUAGAGGAAAUCCAGAUCAAAAUCCAAAAGAUAUCUCCUCUAAGAAACUGGAAACUCAGACUGCUAGCAUUCAAGAUGGAAUGCCAUUUAAAGUGCCCUUUACUUGUAAUGCAGCCAAUACACCAAGUGUGACACCAACGGUAGGAUUACAGAAACAAUCAAAACCAAAGGUUUUCCAGACACCUUAUUACCCAGACAGUCGCAAAAGUCUAUCCUUGCGAAACAAAAUCAAAAAAGAUCAGAACAACUCAGUCAGUAGCAAACAAGCUGAACAUUUUGAGAGGAAUAGUGAAUUGAAGUUUUUACAAGGCCCAAACACACAAAAGGAAGAGGAUCUAAAUAAUACACCAGAACCAAAAGUGAAAAAGACCCGUUAUGUCGGAAAAAAGGCAUUACAAUCUGAACCUAAAUCAAAGGAAAUUGAAAAGGAUGUCCCAGUUCAAAGGUGCUCUCUUUCUAACUUGAGUAGCGAAGAUCAUAGUUCAAAAGUUGAAAAGUGGUUGUCAUACCAUGAUACAAAUCAUAGUGAGGACUUUGACACUGUGGUAAUAUCUUCCGAUGAUGAUAAGAUAGAUAGCUACAAUCAUAAAGUCAGUGGUGUCAGGGAGACUGUCUCUCAAGAACGGCCUGCACCUCAAAGAGUAUACCACAGUCCACCUAUGGUGUCCUUUACUUCAAAUAUUAGCCAUACUAAAACUAAUGUAAAAUCUCCAUCUAAGAAAAAUGGUGAAAAUUAUCUGGAAAAGACAAGGCCUGGGCAAAGGACAGUGGAUUUUAAAACAGAUGUAACUAAUACAGGAAAUAUGUCGCCUCCAGUAAAGAGAAAGAAAGACAAUUCAUCGGGUAAUACUGAAUACAGUGUUACCCAACCAAUGAAUAUGUGGGAAAAGAAACUGAGAGAAUUAGAACAGAACAGAAUUGCAGAGAAACAAAAACGUAAAGAUAUUUAUUGCUUCAAUGCUUCUGUAACACCAGCUCCAUUCAAAACUCCAAGAGUUCCAGCUACCAGCAGGAAGACUCGUUCAAAAACGGGGCCCUCUGCUUGUCAACAAGUUAAAACACAAAAAUCUUCCAAGAAUAAAAGGUCUGAUAUUUUGGCAAACAAGGAAAACUGCAAAACAAUACGUCAGUCCAUAAAAAUAAAUAAAAAUCCUGGCAAGCCUCCAUUAAGUAGAAUCAAUAAUUGUCUUCAGCCUACUGAAACUGAAAAGAAGGAAAAGAAAAAAAUGAAGUAUACUAAAGACCUAUCUUUGAAUCCAACUGGUAAUGGCAAAAUUAAGGUUUCCUGCACAUCACCAACGAACAAUUCAGAAUUGGUUGGGUCAAGCAAUCACUACUUCAGCCCAGUAGUUGACGAUAGUUUUGAGGUGAAGGCUGGUAUGGAAGAAAAAGUAAAGGUAUCUCCUAUUCAGACAGAAAGCUGUAAAACAAAGAAGCAGUCUGAUAUGUCUGAGUUUGCCAAGGAGAAACCCAAAUCAUGUACUGUAUUUGAUAAGAAUACGACGACUGUGAAAAGUGAAAAAACUCCUUUCAAGCAUAUUUUUAAUAAUAGUAAUCAAUCAGAAUCAUACAAGGAUGUGAAAGGUGUGAAGACAUACUUUGAUUCCAAGGGUAAAGAUAUACUAGGUGAUAGUGGAUUUGAAGUCACUUCUGGAAGUGAUGGAGGUUCUAAAUUUGCAGAUGAGACAGUGUCUGCUGUUCGGAAAAAUAAGCACUCUUCAAAAUCAGAAUACUACAAGUCAUUUUUACAAACUAAUUUGAAAAAGGCUCUUGAAGCGAACGCUGACAUUCUUUCUGGUAAUGAAUCUAUGGCCACUGAAAUGAAUGAAAUCCAAAACUUUGCUCAGAAAAUUAGUGAAUCAGCAAGUCGCUGCAUAUUGACUAAUAGGUCAAACUGCCAGCAAUUACGUGAUCAACACAGUGCUUUACAAGGAUGUUCCAAUUACUUGGGCCCCUAUGAAGAUCAAACUUUUAAAGCAUUAGUACCUGGCACAAGAUACCUUGACUUCAAAGCAUUCACCCGUCAUCUUAAAGAGCAAAGCAGACAGAGAACAAUGAAUGCAAUACGGGAAGCUCUUGAAAAGAGCUUUUCAUCUAGCUCAUCUGGUGACGAGCUUUAGGAAAAUCUUCUUAGUACCUUACCACGUUUGCUUCCAUAAUUGUUAGCUACAAUUGUUUUCUAUGCACUCAUAGUGCACCAUUA